ACUUGAAGAUUUCUACUUCAAUCACGAGAUUUUGAGUAACGUUUGCUUUGUGUUAUCUGAUUUCUGCUAGUAUAGUGUUCUCUGUUUUCGAUCCUAUUGCUCAUCCCUCGUCUCCUCCUCCAGUGUCCAAGGCAAGCCCUCUAUUGCAUUCAAGCUUCCGACAGACCAGGGAAUAUAUCAGUGCCUGACGGAAGCCGCCUCUUGCUUUCUAGUUUCCGAUUGAUCAGCGUAUUAAGUAAGAUUCAGCUAUGGAAGCUGACCAUUACUGCAUCCUGGGCUUACCUUCCGGCGAGGAAGGAGCCAAUUUGACCACAAAAGAAAUUACCAAGGCUUAUAGAGAAAAGGCCCGUGAUCUUCAUCCUGAUAAACGAAAAGAUGAUCCAAAUGCCCAUGAAAAUUUUAUAAAGCUCAAAUCCUCAUACGAAAUUCUUGUUGACGACAAAGCUCGUAAGCUUUUCGAUGAUCUCCUCUGGGUGAAACGUGAACAGCAACGUCGUUUUGCACAGCAAGACUCAAAGCGAAGAAAAAUGAUGUCAGAUUUGGAAGAUAGAGAACGUGCUUCUUUUACUCCGGAUCCUGCUGUUACGGCUAAAGAAGAAGAAGAGAGAAUUUCAAGAAAAUUAAAAGAGGAGAUCGCAAGGAUACGUGCAAUGCAUGCAAAUAAGGGUACUGGUAUGAGUACGGGCUCAAGUUCAGGCUCGAAUCAAGACAAGGUUGGAAGAGAAGGGAAUAAUGGGGGUGGGGCUAGUGUGGAGUUGGAUAAAGAGGUUUUAAAGGUUUCUUGGGAAAGAAUUGGGGAAGGUUAUACAGCAGAGAAGCUAAGACAAUUGUUUUCCAGGUUUGGGGAAGUGGAGGAUAUCGUAAUCAAAAGCUCAAAAAAAAGAGGGUCUGCUCUAGUAGUCAUGGCUACUAAAGAAGCAGCUGUUACUGCUACGGGAAGCGUUACUGGGGAUCUACACAAUCCAUUGCUGGUCAUGCCUCUUAAACCGGUAAUUGUUGCAGAUUUUCCAGCUCCCCAGAAGGCCGAGGAAUCUGAUGGUUUCAGUAAUCUGGUUGGGGCUGGUUUCCAAGCUUUUGAAGAUUCUGUUUUAUCUAGACUGAAAAAGGCUGCCGAAAAACAAAAGUGAUGUAGAGAAGCCUUGAAGAUAAUGUCUAAACUCACAUUUUAACUAUACAAUAAGGAUGUACUAACCCU